AAAAUUCAUGUAUAAAAAUGUCCGUUGGUUGGUAAAUAAUCUUAGAUGUACAUAUGUAUAAUGAUAUGUAACAUCAUUUAUGACUAUAUCCGUUUCUUCAGCUCUGUCCCAAUGUUGCCCUUUGUUCUCCUCUUCGCCACCGCUUUCGCUAGCGGUCCCCCUAUUACCAUUGACGACCCAACACAAUGUCUUCCAAGCGGCUACAUCUCAGGGGUAGACCUCGGCUUUGACUGUUGCACUUUCGUUGUAUGCGACAACGCAAGACUCAACAAGACUGGAUUCCAGGGAAAAUGCAUGGGAGGAACCGUAUGGAACCAAGCUCUCCUGGUCUGCGAUGAUGCAAAAUAUGUUCCUGAGUGCGACCCAACUACAUGCGACGUUCCGAAGAGAACCAAUGCCGAGUGCGCCGAUCCUCAGCCAACUGGUACCACAUGUUGUAUUGGACAGAACAGAGAGGGAGGCAAAAACGGAUACGAGCCAGUCUUCACCGCUGGAUCAUCACGUGGAAGUUUUAUCCGUGGAAAUGACCGCGAGGAACAAUCAUGUCCAUUUCCAUUUAGCCAGGUCUUCAAUCUGGAAUCAUGCUGUUGUGAAUACGAAUACUACAUGCGUCCGCCAUGUGAUGACACAAGCGCAUAUUUCUUCACCAACCCUGAUGACGAAUGUUGUUCAUAUCUUCAAUGUUUUUACAACAGAAGCGGAUAUAUCACCGUUCCAUGUAUGUCACCAAGUGUGUGGAAUGACGACAACAAAACGUGUGACACUAAGUAUAACGUCAUGGAUUGUAUGAAUGCUGAUUGUGGAGUUGAGAUGACUGAUGAACCAUGCCCAGAUACAUUCGAAGGAGACUGUUGCCGAAACGGAUUGUUCUACUCACUUGGCCCGGAUAGCACCCAGUACACCAUUGCUGGAGCAGAGGGAAAUGACAAUGAUCGUCUACUUUGCUGCCCAGUAAACAUGGAUGGAGAGCAGAUGAUCUUCAACGCUGACCCAGAAGUGUGUUGUUGCGAAAUAGAAGAAUUCUAA